UUUUUUCUCCUUUCUCCUCUGAGGGACAAGUGUACUGAAAAGACAAAAGACAGUGUCACAAUGGCACUGGACACAGAGUUUGGUGUGAAGGGCAGCAGCAUCAUCAGGGAGUGGAGUGGACAGGUCCAGCCUGCUCUGGUCGCCUCCGUCCUUUUCCUCUUCUGUCUGGAAGCCUGUCUGUGGGUCAGGAACCUCAGACUCAAGAGACGACUGCCGGGACCCUUCGCCUGGCCCGUGGUGGGCAACGCCAUGCAGCUGGGACAGAUGCCUCACAUCACCUUUGCCAGGUUGGCCAAGAAGUACGGCAACGUGUACCAGAUCAGAUUAGGCUGCAGUGAUAUUGUGGUGCUGAAUGGAGACAGGGCGAUUCGCCAGGCUCUGAUAGAGCACAGCACUGAGUUUGCAGGAAGACCAAACUUUGUCUCUUUCCAGAUGGUUUCCGGAGGCAGGAGCCUGACAUUCACUAGUUACAGCAAACAGUGGAAAGCACACAGGAAACUCGCACAGUCAACCCUCAGAGCCUUUUCCUCUGCGAACAGUCAGACCAAGAAGACCUUUGAACGUCACGUUACGUUUGAGGCCAUGGAGCUGGUGCAGGUUUUUCUGCGGAACAGCGCCGACGGACGGUAUUUUGACCCCGCAAAUGACUUCACGGUGUCUGCCGCUAAUAUCAUGUGCGCUCUCUGCUUUGGUAAGCGAUACAGACACGAUGAAUUGGAGUUCAGAACCAUGCUGAAAAAGCUGCAGCGGUUUGGAGAGACAAUCGGGGCUGGGAGCCUCGUCGAUGUCAUGCCAUGGCUUCAGUCCUUCCCCAACCCGGUGCGCAGUGUCUAUGAAAACUUCAAGAGCCUCAACGAGGAAUUUUUCACUUUCGUUAAAGACAAAGUGGCACAGCACAGAGAAUCUUUCAGCCCAGACGAGACUCGGGACAUGAGCGACGCCUUCAUCAAUGUGGUCGAGCACGGGCAAAAGAGUGGGCUGACCAAAGAGUUUGUCGACGCGACAGUGACAGAUCUAAUUGGCGCGGGUCAAGACACGACGUCGACCAUCUUGACGUGGAUCAUGCUGCUCCUGGUCAAACACCCAGACGUCCAAGCCAAGCUGCACGAGCUCAUAGACAAAGUGGUCGGCCCCGAAAGGCUGCCAACGAUUGAGGACAGAGGCAACCUGACCUACCUGGACGCCUUCAUCUACGAGACCAUGCGCUUAACAAGCUUUGUCCCCGUCACUAUCCCACACUCGACCAUGUCAGACGUCACCAUCGAGGGUCUCCACAUCCCCAAAGACACGGUGGUGUUCAUCAACCAGUGGUCGGUCAACCACGACCCGCUGAAGUGGAAAGACCCGCACGUCUUUGACCCCACGCGCUUCCUCGAUGAGCACGGGGCCCUCGACAGGGACGCGUGCAACAAUGUGAUGAUAUUCUCGCUGGGUAAAAGACGCUGCAUCGGCAACCAGAUCACCAAGGUGCAGGUGUUCCUACUUGCGGCCGUGCUGCUGCACCAGUGCAGCUUUGAGAGUGAGCCCUCUCGGCCCCUCACGCUUGACUGUGUCUACGGGCUCACGCUGAAGCCCUUUCAGUUCUGUGUCAACGCCAAACUCAGAGGGAAGCUGCUCGGCUUAGUUUCCCCAGCGUGAGCAGCAGCAGCAGCAGCAGCAGCAGCAUGUCUACCCCCCCCAAAAAAAUAAAACUGUGACAACACUUCUCCCCACCAAUGACAUUUACAGUAUCAGUGAGUAUCAGUAAACCUGCACUAAAUCCUAUUGUAAGAUUUUUAUAUUUAAGAAUGAUAUUUAAUGGAUACAUUAACACAGUCUGUAUUUUUGAUUUACUGUUGGUGCAGAGCUGAGAUUUCACAGAUGUAUCAUUGUCUGUUAUCCGCUUUGUGGACUGUUUCUGCGUCACGGAAUAUUCUAUACUUGAUCAGAUCUUGUAAAUAAUUGUGUCUUGAGUUGUGUGCUUGUUUUUUUUGUUUUUUAUUCACUACUGUGCAUGUACACGUGUGCAGGAAAUUAGCCACAAACCCCCUUUAAAUUUCCCCAAAAAUAACUAUGAAACGUGAUCACGUCACUUGAUGAUUUAUUGUUCUCAAUUGUAAUAUGUAAGAAUAUAUGUAUAUAUAUAUAUACAUGUAUAUAUAUAUAUAUUAUAUAAUACAUAUUAUAUAUAUAUUAUAUAUAUAUUAGCCUUUGUCACAUAAUGCAGUUACAAAAUAGAGUUUUUUUUAUAAUUUCAUAUUUCAGGUAUGACCUAUAAUAAUGUAAAGAGAAUUUAAUGUAUUCCACUAUCUACUGUACUCCGAGUAUACAAACACAUUAAACAAAAGAGUGCCGAUGAAAGGUUAAGGGGGUGACGUGUGACGGAGGAAGUCUUUCAUCUGGGAGCAUCCAUCACGGUCGGAGGGAUGGAGACGAGACACUGCUGUGGACCGCGGAACGCUUCACAAACACGUAUUAUUAUGUGUAUUCAGGGUUCAGUUUUACUGUACGAGCACUGCAGCAGCAGCAGCAGCAACAAACCAGAGUUCAAAACAAACCAAAACAAAACACAUGUGCAGCAAAGUCUCUUUUUUUUUUUCAUUUCAAGAAGGCAUUCUCAAAAACAUGUUUGUUUACAAAGUAGCUAUUUCAAAGCUCCACGGAUGUCGCCACCCCCGACCCCCUCACCACCACUCUCUCUUAAAGCUUCUCCGUUCAGGAACUUGUGUCAUGUGUUUGUGUGUCUGUCCGUGUCAAUGCAACAAAUUAAACUCAGUAAGCCUUGAAUGUUAACGCAUUCGCCACAGAGGAUGUUUUGUUAUCAGUGUGAUGGGGAAAAAAAUAAGCUAUAUAUAUAGAUAUAUAUAUAUAUAUAUCUGAUCUGAUAUGAAUAAAGUUGAAUUGUCAAUGGC